AUGGGGAAGCAAAGACCCGACACCCCACGCGAGGACUUCGCUGGUCCAGAGGCAGGACCAGAGGCGCCGUAUCCGAUCAUGCUCAAAGGCCCAGUAAUCAAGGGGUUCGGACGAGGAAGCAGAGAGCUAGGCAUCCCAACAGCCAACAUCCCACCCUCCGGCCUCUCCGCCUACCCGGACCUCGAGAGCGGCGUGUAUUUUGGCUUCGUUGGGCUCAAGGUCACCGAUCAGACACGGCAGGCUGCUGACAACUCGAAGCUUACUUUGGGUGAGAGCAGUGCAGAUGGAAGAAGUAAGCAGUCGACGAGCGGCGAAUCGACGGUGUAUCCCGCUGUGCUGAGUAUCGGGUACAACCCCUUCUACGCCAACCCGACCCGCUCAAUCGAGAUCCACAUCCUCCACCAUUUCCACGACCAUAACUUCUACCACUCUGCCCUCAACCUCCUUGUUUUAGGCUUUAUAAGGCCAGAAUACGACUACAACAGCCUCGAGGCCCUAAUCAGCGAUAUCAAGACGGACUGUGACGUUGCGCGGCGGAGUUUGGAGCGGGAGGGGUAUCAGGAGGUGAUUGGGCAGGGAAAGGAGGAUGGUAAAUGGCUACGCGACUUCACAUGGUGGCAGAGCUGGACCGAGGAGCAGGUGAGACAGGUCGAGGCGGAGGAGGUGGGGAAGGCGCGGGGUGGCAAGAAUGCACCAGACGGUGGUGUGGACGCAACAGCCGGGCAGGAGAAGCUUUGA